ACACACAGACACACACCCACACAGACACUCACACACACACACACACACACCUCCUCCCUCAGUGGUGUUUUGUAUUCCUGGCGCUGUUUCUGCAGUUUGGGCCACACAUCUGGACUGUGAGACUCGUCGUCUGACUUCAUCUCAUCACUGCUGUUGAAGACAUCAUGGGAAACCGCCAGUGCAGCAUUGAGGUUGAGAAUAAGUGCUCUGAGUACACCCUGGGUAACCCACGUUGGUACACUUACAGUGGAUUCUGUGAAACACCUUUUCCACCAACGCUUGACCCCUCUAAAUCUGGCAGCGCUCUGUUCAUCAAGACUCCUGGCGCAGCCUGUGGAUCUGUUGGAGUCUUCACCUACAAUCGACUGAAUGGAUCCACAAAUUUAAACGAUGGAAAAAUAGCUGUCAUGUUCUCUAAUCCUUUUGAUUUCAACUGGUACUCUAACUGGUAUGCGGUGGGAGUCUUUGACAUGGCCACAACAUGUGAUUAUGAUCUUUAUUAUAAGAUGUAUUACGAUGUAGGGGAAGGGUUUGUCAGAGGUAAAGCUGCAGACGGCAGUCUGAUUUACGAAAGUAAACUUGUUACCAUCAAAGCCUCCAUGUCAGACAGUUACCAACCUGUCAUCAAGGUGCAAGUUUGCGAAGUGUGAAGUUAGAAAGUUGAAAUUUUAAGCAACCAGGGUUGGAAAUGAACGGGGGCUCGGGGUAAAACGCCCCUAAAAGAAUGUAAAGUUGCCUUUGAAUUGGGAUAACGGGGCUUUUAAAUGUAAAAUAACCAGUUAAACAAAGACUUAAUAUGUUUUAGAAAGUGUGUCCUGAUUUAGUUCCAAAGCUGUCAGAGUGCACGUUAUUUUAAACCACAGAGAACAGAACAUGAAGACAAUCAACAUUUCCUACCUGCUACAAACCUGUCAGGCCUGAUUCUUUCUGCAUUAUCUAUCUAUCUAUCUAUCUAUCUAUCUAUCUAUCUAUCUAUCUAUCUAUCUAUCUAUCUAUCAGUCAAUCAAUCAAUCCCAGUUGGCCCAGUAAAACAGAAAGUAGUUAGUUUAAGUCAAAUAAAUUAAUCUACUCAAAUGUUGAUGCGAUCAAACACAUUUUUACUGAACUGAUUUUUUAUCUAAAAACUAAAAAACGUGCUGCACUGACUGGUUAAAUACUGGUUAACUGACUGGUUAAAUACUGGUUAACUGACUGGUUAAAUGACUGGUUAAAUACUGGUUAUUUGAGUGGUUGAAAACUGGUUGACUGUCUGGUUAAAUGUUUCUAUCUAUAUAUCUCUACAUCUGUUCUCAGUCACUCAGGUCUAUAAGACAAAUAAAAUCUGAACAUUAAUAAAAUGGU